AUUGACGCAAUAACUGAGCUGUACUCAAUCGGAACUGUGUUUGUAUUACUAAACGACGUCAUGUCAUACACAUAUACCAUACAUCGCCACUGAAUAUCUCGACAGAUGCGGGUGCAAGUGACCACUCACUGUAUAUAGAGGCGUACAUAGGCGUGACAGAACACAACGAUCGUGGGUCCGAAUCGAUAUCCAAGUUUAUGUUUCUUGGUUUGUCAGCACGUGGGAUUCACCGAAGAAAUAAACAUCAAAGUUGACAUGCCAUGAUGUAAUAUAGAUACUGUGUCUAACACGGCGUUAAACAAACUGUUACUCACUCACUCUAAAACUCUAAAUAAACCUGCAAUCAUAUGACAGAGACUGACUCCGCUAUAUUUAGCCACUCCUGAACUAGUUUAAAGCGACUGAUAAGAAUGUAAACACGACCUUGUAUAUUACUUCCGUGUUGAGCUACCCGGUCACACAUGACGACUGUAACAACGAUUUUUGUCUAACAAACUGAGGCCUCAUCAAGAAUGUGUCUCACCAAGGUACCAGACAACACGCAUAAUGAAAAUAGCUGCUGCAACUAUAUUUUAUGUGAUUGCAGGUGUUGUGUCAGGUGCACCCAGUGCCAGUCCAGUGUCGUCUCCAGUGUCUGACACGGCCAGGUUCAGCUGGGAGAUUCCACAGGGCGGUCUGGGGUCAGGUACUGGUUUCUACGCUGUCAGUCCUGCUGGUGAUGCGGCCGUGUUCGUAGUGACAAGUUCUCUGACAGUUGUUAUCUUGCCCAACUACAGAGGCAGACUGGAGUACCAGGGGAACAUAGCAGCCAGGAAUGUCACCUUCACCCUCAGCAACAUCCAGACAUCAGAUGCAGGGACAUACACGUGUGGGGACGGAGGGGCUACUAUUGUGAUACAGAACUGUGGACAGAAACUUGUUGUUUUGGGCAAGCCCACCACUCCUGGUCGUCCAGUGUCCACAACUCCUGUCUACAACCAGACAGUGACCUUGACCUGCAGCUCCACCUCUACCACUGUCCCAGCUGACCAUGGUCUGACCUUGACCUACACCUGGCAGCGUGACAACACUGACAUCACAGUUACCUCUCCUGGUCCCCCCUACAUCUUCACAGUGAGUUCCCGGGACAGUCACAGCUACAGAUGCAGGGCCAGAGAAAGUCAGGGUCUGGAGUCAGAGUGGAGCCAGGGGUACAACAUGGAGCCACAGUACGGGCCCUACCAGAUCUACCUGACUCCCUCCACCUCCUCCUACACUGUGACAGAACACCAGACUCUUCCAUCAAUCACGUGUUCCGCCCUCUGUAGACCCGGCUGUAGCUACAGGUGGUUACACAAUGGAACAGUCUUCAGCAGUGGAGCCACUCUGAGUCUAGGACAAGCUGACAGAUCUAAGACAGGCUCCUACAGAUGUCAGCCUUCUAAUACACACGGGAGUAGUGGCAGUGUUACAGUCAGUGUUGAUGUUCAGUAUCCCGCCACUGUGAGUAUGUUUACUGUCAACUCUCUCGGUGGUUCAGUGACAGUUAAUGAAUCAGAUCCAGUGACCUUGAGAUGCCAGGUUGAUAGUAAUCCGAGGUCAGUCAUCAGGUUGCUGAAUGGAACGGAGGAGUUGACAAGGGCAGAUAACUCCAUGACAGCAGAAUAUAGACUGGAGUCAGCAGACUGUAGACAAAGAGGGAACUACUCCUGUACAGCCACUAACAACAUCGGGGCACCUGUCAGCCAGAGGGUGGAGUUGCUGGUCAAAUGUUCUCCUCGGCUUGAGGAGACAGCUGCCCAGCAACUCAAAUACGCCGCUAGACUGGCCGGUAACGUGAACGUGUCUGUGUCAGUCCUGGCCUACCCCCUUCCUACAUUCACCUGGAGUAGAACCACAAGCACUAGCCAAGACCUCACUGGUUCCUCCAGCCCUGUCUCAGACAUCUCGGUCACUGCCAGACUACAUCUUACUAACCUCCAACAGCAGGACUUCGGGGACUACAGUCUGACAGCCAAUAACGGUGAAGGCGGUUUAGUGACUUACACAGUCAGCGUAGUGUCUGAAGGGCCACCACAGAUACCUACACAGUUUAGAGAUCUGGAUAAUGCAACAACGUCGUCGGUAUGGUUAUCCUGGCUGCCUGGGUUCAAUGGUGGAAACCCUCAGACGUUUCUGCUUGAGUAUCUCAAGUUUGAAUCAAGAACUUGGACUGUCUACAAGACCUAUGCAGACACCGGCAAGAUGAUGGUGGUGGAAGUGACUGGGCUUACACGGGGAGAUAUUCACAUAUUUCGACUACAUGCUAGAAAUGACUAUAUGGAUUCUAACAGAUAUGUAUUAGUAGAAACUAGGACUGCUGGAGAUCCACCAAAUCAGCAAAACCUUGAAACUCCAUGUUCGUGUACAGGGGUGAUAGCAGGAUCCACAGUUGGGACCCUUCUUCUUACUUUGCUCAUCGGGGGAAUUGUUCUGAUGGUACUGUACAGAAAGGUAUACAAGCCUAGGCUCGGACAUAUUCUGAAAGAAACUUCAUUACGAAAAAGCACCAGGAAUCCUGAAACUGUAGAAAUGGACAACAGAGGGUAUUCAUCACUAGCGGAUGCUGCAGCAGAUACAAGUACCUAUGAAGGCAUGGCAGAGACUCCCCCUGUGACCUAUGAGUCCAUCAAACCAUCUCCAUACCAGAACACUGGAGCACAUUCUCAAGGUCCGGACAAUGGAAAUAAGUAACGAAGAAGGAAUUCAUUAUUGUAUCACUUCCAGUAACAGACCAAGGAACGCAGCAUAUUAGAUUUCAAAACAUUUUUAGACCAAUGAAGAUCCGGCGUAGAAUAGGUCUUCAGCAAACCAGGAUCGUCCAAACAGACAACUCUCCAUUGUGGUAGAAGGCGGCUAACGGGAUCGGGUGGUCAGGAUCGGUGACUUGGUUGAUGCAUGUCAGCGUAUCCCAAUUGCGUAGAUCGAUGCUCAUGAUGUUAAUCACUGGAUUGUGUGGUCAAAACUCGAUUAUUUCUUGACCAUAUGUCUGGAAUAUUGGUGAGUGCGGCGUUUAACAACAAUUCAACAACAAAACAUCUGUAUCACUUACUUCACUGUUUCAUUACAUUGUUUGAACGUUUGCUCGAUACAAGGACAGUUACAGAAACCAACCAUGGACCAUGGCGAGUAAGUUAAAGGAGAUCAGUCAAGUUAUGCUGGUUAUGCUCAUGUCUGUUUACGUAUCGCCUUUAUGUUUGCAACUGAAUAUUUCACAUUGCACUAAAUAAUGUAUUUGUAAAUACACGACAGGUGUGUUUUAGAGGAGAAAAACGAAUACAACGUCACACACUUCAGAAAUGAGAUAUUAAUCAUGAUACAACAAACUGCUUUCAUGCUGAUCAUUGAAUUAAGCUUACAUGUGAACAAUAUUCCAUCUACAGAUGUACAAUACUUACCCCAAAGCCAGGCUAUAAUUCUUCCGCACACGCAGCACGUCAGGGUUACAGAAAUAAAUCAUUCCGAUUUGUGACUUAUUACAAAAUAUGUUUCCUUUUUUUUACAAACAACGUUAUUUGGUUGACUUGUUAGCAUUUGUUCAGUUUGUCCAUGUGUUAGCCAACACCAUAUACACGAGUUCCCACUUUAGAUAAGUAUUGUGAUGUUGUUUCACAACUUAUAUCCAGUGUCAUUCUGAAGACGAUGUCAGUGACCAGAUUCUCAAGAUUACACAUUUCACUUGUUCAAUAAACAGAGUAAGAAUACACAGACUAAACUGUAUCUAUUCAUUUAUUUAUGUAUAUAUUUAUUUCUGUAAAUAUAAAACAUCAAGGCAGAGAAUAAUCAGUCUCGUGCAUCUGCUGAAACAGAUUCCAUUGAGUUUAAAAGGUACAACAUUGGUGAAACUUAUGUGAAUGGAUCGUUGACAAUAAGUGAAAAGGUUUUUCAAUGGCUUGGUUAUCACAGAUUGCAUAUGUUUGAGCUACAAUUGAACAUUCUCUUGAUUAUACACACGAAAAGUACUUGAAAAAAGGGUCAACGUUUCCUUUAUGUCGAGCAUAUAUUCCAGCUGCUCCAGCUUUAGGUUUCUGCAUUUCACAACAUUUUAGGUACAAUGUAGCACGUGUUAUCCACGAAGAGUAGCACAUGUUCGCGAACACAGCAAAGUAAUUCCUGAGUAGUUGAUAAACCUUCUACAAUGGGCUUAACAUUUAACCAAAGACUUGACUCCAAUCCACGUUUGCUCAUCAUUAUCGUCGAGAAUAGGUUGAGGACGUUUCGUCCCCAAGGCCUCUAAUCAUUCGCUUUACCGGAUAAAACUGCUUGACGAGCGCCAGCUAUCCUGAGGGAAACUUCGGAGGGAACCAGCUACUAGAUGGUUCGAUUAGUCUUUCGCCCCUAUA